GCCGUCCAGGUGGAAUGUUGACCCGCUCUUUGUUGACGUGUUGACUGCCGUCGACCCUGCUGUUUUCCAUCAAAUCUCCUUGCCAUACUCACGAGGAAGGAAAGGUUUGAAAGCGCCCGUGGAAGUGAAGUCGUGGACGCCGGCAUGCGUCAUCAGAGUUUCUAUCAGGAUGACAGCAGGAACAUCAAAAUCAGCAUUGCCAAGUUUGCAGUUGAUCUGAAUUGAUAAGCUCAUGUGGCGUCAGCAGAGGGUUUACCGAUCUUAUAGCCCUGCUAAGGUGCACCAAAACAGUGUCGACACUCGCGUUAAUAUCGAGGAGCAAAGUGACACUGGCGAGCUGCUUGAGAAAAUAAAUUCCUCCGGACAAAUGCCUACGCCAACACAUACCGCACUUUUUACCAUCUCGCCGUUUGCUUCCGCGAAAUGGCUGGGAUACAUGAGUCUGUUGGUGCUCACCGUACAAAAUGCAACUCUUGGAAUCAGCAUGUCCUACGCCAGGAGGAGAGAAGGCGAUAUGUUCCUUUCAUCAGCAGCGGUGCUGUGUACAGAAGUGGUAAAACUGAUCACUGCCCUGAUUCUGGUCUACAAGGAGGAGAAAACGUUUGACCGAUGGAGACACAGUUUGCACAAGACAAUUAUACUCAACCCGACAGACACGCUGAAAGUGUGCGUUCCCUCUUUAAUAUACAUCAUCCAGAACAACCUGCUCUACGUGUCUGCCACGCAUCUUGACGUCGGAACCUACCAGGUGACGUACCAGCUCAAAAUCCUGACAACAGCCUUUUUCGCGGUGCUGAUUCUGCGCCGGUCGCUCAACAAACUGCAGUGGUCCUCUCUCGGGGUGCUCGUGCUCGGCGUGGUGCUGGUGCAGUUGGCGCAGGUGGCCGAGGGCAACGUGACCCACCUGAAGCAAAACCGCACACUGGGCCUCUUAGCUGCGGUCACGGCCUGCUUCUGUUCAGGCUUUGCCGGCAUUUAUUUUGAGAAAAUCCUCAAGGGCUCGGACAUUUCGGUCUGGAUGAGGAACGUGCAGCUCUCUUUCCUGUCUAUGCCUAUCGGGCUCAUCACCUGCUUCGUCAACGACAGCGCCACCAUCAUGGACAAGGGAUUUUUUGUUGGAUUCGACUCUUUUAUUUGGUUCGUAAUUGCUCUUCAGGCCCUUGGCGGCUUGGUGACGGCGAUGGUGGUCAAGUACGCAGACAACAUCCUGAAAGGAUUUGCCACUUCGCUGGCCAUUGUGAUUUCUUGCAUCGCCUCGAUCUACAUGUUCGACUUUGUGGUGACCUUCCAGUUCGCGGUGGGUGCCUUCCUCGUGAUUUGCUCCAUAUUCAUGUACGGAUACAAGGUGUGACCGAGGCAACACGAACGAUGCAACUGAGCAGUGCCAAUUUCGAGAAAUCUAUAUAUAUAAAUUCGUUAAGAAUUGAGAUGUGUUCUUUUAUAAUACUGCGUAUCAGAUUUUAUUAUGAUCAAUUCGUGCACAAUCCAAUUUUCCUAAGAUAGAACUGAGAUGUACAUACCUACGGCGACUUAAAUUAUUAUUUUUUUUUUCAAAUUGGUCCCCGUCUCUUGUUUGCAAUUUUGUUUGUGUUGGCGAUCUGUGAUGGAAAACAGAUGGGCUGGCCGUUUUUGGCCACACUCUUUUUCCCCCGACUGUGCGAAAUCUCUCAAGUCGUGUUUUCGUAGUGUUUAACCCCGUGGUGUCGGUGCUUCUGUUCUAACUUUGAACCUUUCGUUCCAUUUUGUGACUUUUGUUUUAUUUAUUGAAUAUAGAGGCAAAAAUUAUUGCGUCAAAAA